AUGAUGCAGUACACAGAGGCGGCGACUCCGGCGGCGCCGCCAUUGCACCACGGCGGGGGGCGCUCCUCCCUCUCCCUGGACCUCCCCACUAAGCCGAACGGCCCCCUCCUCCACCGCGGCCGCCCAUGGCCGGGCUUCCCCUCCUCCUCCGCCAAGUCCCUCGGUUCCUUCAAUACCGCCUCCUGCAUGGAGCAGCUCCUAGUCCACUGCGCCAUCGCCAUCCACUCCAACGAUGCCACCCUCGCCCAGCAGAUCCUCUGGGUCCUCCACAACAUUGCCCCCCCCGACGGCGACCCCACCCAGCGCCUCACCUCCGCCAUUCUCCGCGCCCUCACCUCUCGCGCCUCCCGCUCCGGCGCCUUCUCCUCCCUCGCCGCCGUCGCCGGCGCAGGCGACAGCGGCGGUGCCGCCCAUUCCCACCGUUUCUCCCCGCUCUCCCUCGCUGCCUUCCUCGACCUCACCCCGUGGCACCGCUUCGGCUACUCCGCUGCCAACGCCGCCAUCCUCGACGCCGUGGAGGGCCUCCCCGUCGUCCACAUCGUCGAUCUCAGCACCACACACUGCAUGCAGAUGCCCACUCUGAUCGACGCCCUCGCCGGCCGCCCCGAGGGCCCUCCGUUCCUAAAGCUCACCGUUGCCGAUUGGGCGGCGGCGCCGCCUCCCACCGUCGACGUCCCAUGCGAGGAGCUUGGAAGAAAGCUCGUCAACUUCGCAAGGUCCCGCCAUGUCGUCAUGGAGUUCAAGGCCGUCCCCUGCGAGCCCUCCGACGGAUUCGCCACCCUAAUCGACCACCUGCGAGUGCAACAGCAGCUGGUGCUCUGCGACGGCGAGGCCCUGGUGGUGAACUGCCAGAUGAAGCUGCAUUACAUACCGGAGACGGCGGAAUCGCCGGCGAGGAGGGCGGAGUUCUUGAAGGCGGUGAGGGGGCUGAACCCUGCGGCGGUGACCCUGGUGGAGGAGGACGUGGAUCUCAGCUCCGGCGACCUGGUGGCGCGGCUGAGGACGGCGUUUAAUUAUCUGUGGGUGCACUACGACGCGGCGGAGGCGGUGCUGCCGCGGGGGAGCGACCAGCGGUGGUGGUACGAAGGGGAGGUGAUGUGGAAGAUUGAGAACUUGCUGGCCUGCGAGGGGUUGCAGAGGGUGGAAAGGCCGGAGGAGAGGAGCAGGUGGAUGAAGAGAAUGAAGGCGGUGGGGUUUCAAGGGGUGCCAUUCGGGGAGGAGGCGGUGGCGGAGGUGAAGAGCAUGUUGGAUGAGCACGCCGCCGGAUGGGGGAUGAAGAAGGAGGAGGAGGGGAUCCUGCUCACCUGGAAGGGACACAACGUCGUCUUCGCCACGGUUUGGGUCCCUUGCUGA